AUGGCGGAGCUUCUUCGAAUUCCCAAACCUCCUCAAGGAGUGUCGGCCGGAGGCGUGGAUGACCUGUUUGACUUGAAGGGACAACCGGAGAGGCAAAAGCGCGCUGGAGAGAGUUCGCAGACAAGAAACGCAACGACUCCCAUCGCUCCGUGCGCCGAACGAGGAAAACCGCUUGCCAUGCCCCUUCGCCUUAGGUGUAUGUACACCUGGAGGAGAACGUGGCCGCGGGAAUCAAGUUUGAGUCGACGCCUCUGUUGAGGUCUGCAGUGUCGCUUUCUGUCGCUGCUUCCUUCCGUCUUUCCUUGUCUGAUCGUCUUUCUGGGAAGCACAACUCGGAAAAGGGAGCAACUGAAAACGCAGGGGACUACGAGAACGUCGAUCACACCGCUGGGGGGGGCGACGGAUAAACACCAGCUUGUGUACGCGUGGAAAUUUUUCCGGAAUACGUGAGAAGCGACUAGCUCGACACGAAUCAAAAGUCAGAGCCACCCGAGUUGCCGAAUAUCUUCAAUUUGCUCAUCCAGAGCCGUGUGGUCAACUGGAACUUGUGCGACCCCCCUCUCUCCCUACGUUAUUCCAGUUCAGCGCUUUUUUCUUCCACUUCUCGCCUUCUUCGUCUACUCGUCCCCUGUGUGUUCUCCGAAAAGGGACUGGCACAG